CGGCGCUUCUCUUGACACGCCGCGAUACGUACGUUAAUUUCUACGAAGAGCUAUCUUUUCGCGGGCUCUUCCUAGAAAAAAAUUUGAACGUCAUCGCGCUCCUUUGCGAACAUGUCGCUAUAUGUUUGAUUGCAACAAUGAAAUUCUUAGAAAAAAGGGGGAAGGGGGGUAUUAACCAUUAGGUUUGCCAUGUCAAAAAUUUACGCGAUCAGUCCUCCAUCGAACGAUCUGCGACAAAAACGGUACACCGCUCCUCCAUCAUUCGAACAACACGCAAUGUAUUCCGCCAAAGGAAGCAGCGCAUCGUACAAUGGCGAAAAACAAAAGAAGGAAUGUAACGCUAUUUCGGUGGAGCGUCGCGCAGUGCGCUUACUGAGCAGACGUUACACUCUGACGGCCACGGGUUACAAAUAUUUGGAAAUUGGAAUCAACGUUGGUCCACCGAGCUACGGAGAUCGCUCUGGGAGAUCAUCAGGGACAGGAAUUGAUACUGUCUCUCGAAACGUGGAAGGGACUCUACGAGCAGCGAUGGAAUAUCUAUAAAUUGCUGCUAAACGAUUACAAAGACAAUUUUAUAAGCGUCGGACCGUUAACUGUCAGAAUUAGUCUGAUGAACGACGUUACACUCGUACGUCUUGAAUCUUUGAACGUACGCGUAACGAUGAUCGAAUCGACGUUACGUCGAAUGUUUGCUCUGAACGAAUAUAUCGAUGUGACGUUCGAUCGACUCGUCAGAUUCGUCGAUACGAUCGAUACCAAGUAUACGCGAUUCUCCAACAUCACGUCUAUUGUAACAGAUCCCGAGGAAGUGCCGAAUGCGAUACGCGAUAUCUUCGAUAGAUGUCGAUUGCGAGCUGUUAGCUUUAGUUUUUAGCGUAUAAGA